AUGCCAUCUCCUCCAAUUAUUGACUUUAGCGAUUUCCUCUCUGGUGAUCCAGAGCGCCAGAAGAAGUGCACUGAGGCCAUUGGACAUGCCUGCCGCACACUGGGAUUCUUUCAGAUCACCAACCAUCCGAUCGAACUGAGCCUGCAGAAGGAAAUGUUCAAGCUAUCCAAGGAGUUCUUUGCCCUUCCUCUGGAGGAAAAGAUGAAACUAGACAAAUCCCAAAACGACCACAACCGCGGCUACGAAGUCAUGUACGGUCAAAUGAUCGAAAAGGACACCAAGCCCGACCUAAAAGAAGGCUACUACGUGGCCCAGGACCUGCCCCCGGACCACCCUCAAGUCCUCUCCAAGAAGUUCGCCCACGGGCCCAACCUCUGGCCCGAGUCGCUGGGCCCGCACUUCCGCGACACUUGCAUGGACUACCUCAACCAGGUUACGGCCCUCACCGAGAAAGUCCUGCAAGCCAUCGCCGUGUCCCUGGGCUACGACGAUUCCUACUUUGACGAGUUCUGCGCAGAGCCCAUGGCCUUCUACAAGCUGCUGCACUACCCGCCCCAGCCGGCCGACGCCGACCCGCUGCAGCGCGGUAUCGGCGCCCACCGCGACUUUGGCGUCAUCACGCUACUGCUGCAGGGCGAUGUCCCCGGGCUGGAGGUGUGGGAUGAGGAGACGCAAUCGUAUUACCCUGCGCCACCGGUUGAGGGGGCCUAUGUGGUGAACCUGGGGAAUCUGUUCCAGCAGUGGACCAACGACGAGUACCUGUCCAACGUGCACCGGGUGAUCAACCGGUCGAAUGUAGACCGGUACUCCAUCCCAUUCAACUACAAUGGGAACCCGGACUUUGUGAUCCGGUGCAUUGAGUCGUGUCGCGCGAGACCGGAGGAUGAAAAGUAUGCGCCGAUCUCGGUGGAUGAUUACGUGCGGCAGAAGUAUAAGGAUGUCUAUGGGCGCGUGGGCAUCUAUUCGGUUGCUGAGCGGGCCAAGGCACAGGCAGUGGCUUGA